CUGACACCGGAAGCAACUUUUAAAUUGAGUGCGGCAUCGGGCAUGGUGUUUACAAAAUAAGAGAGAGAGAAGAUCGACGAAAAUCUGUCCUGAGAUGGAUGUAUUUGAAGAUGCUGUGACAAUACUUAGAAUUGUACUGGAUUAUGUUGGAGUUGAUGCAGAUGAUUUGGCCAAUUAUGCACAGUUCUUAUAUGUACGAGGCAGAGAUGCUCAGAGAGAUUUGAGGAGCUCCCUAAGCCGUAGAUGGGAUGUUAGCGUGACCCAGAGGAGACACCGAUUGAUCUAUAACUGGAUCAGAUGGCGGUCAAACAUUCGACACAGAAGUCUGGUGAGGAUACUAGGAACCAUUAUCCCAUCAAAGCCGCCAAAGAGACUUAGAAUACAGCAACAUUUGCUCCGCCCCAGAAGACAGCGAUUGGACAGCUGGAGCAGUGACUCCUCCCUCCUGUCAGUGUGUACAAAUGCAACAUCAGGGGAGGAUCCACAGUGGGUGGAAGAGGACCUAGGCAACAACUUAAUCAGAUUUAGGGCUAAGAGAGAGGAGGGCUCCAGUGACACAGAACUGGAGAGUGUGUAUGGAGAGGAGGAGGGGGAGGGGGAGGAAGAAGCAGAAGACUUGUUCACGGUACGACCAGACGACGUCCCUCUGAUGAACUCCACCAUGAUCUCCUCUGUGUCCAUGACCUCUGACCCCAACGCCAUCAGUAAAAUUAACGCUUUACAGGACGAGCUGUCCACGCUCAGACAACAGAUAGCUAUGUUAGUCGUAAACCAGGAACAGAUUAACAAGUCUCAGUUAUUACCUCCUUCGAAUAUGAACUCCAUGGUUCAUACCCCACCACAGAUCUCAGGUGUCCCCCCUGCCCCUCCCCCACCUCCCCCCUUACCUGUACAGAACACCUCUACACCUGUAAAGAGGGAGCCUGCUACAGACGAGAUGUUGAGAACGAAGUUGGAAAAAUUAGAAGAAGGUCGAGUUGGAAAUAGAAACACACCUGAUGUUGUCCCUGCUCCCACAAAUAAAGUUCCCACUAUGUCUGAAGUGUUGAAGGGACUCAGCUCAGUUAAACUGAGGUCAAUCCAGAGGUCACCAGGAGGGACGCCACUAAAGCCAAAGGUUUCCUCCCAACCUACGGCUGACCCAGCCUCAAUGAUUGCCCUGGCCCUACAGAAAAAGUUUGCUAAUCAACAUUUCCAGAGCCCAGAAAUUGAUCGAGAGAAUGAAAAUCAUGAUUUCAGCUCCGCUGACGAGAACAGUCCACAUGUGCCAAAAACCUUCAAUGGGAAGAAUCCAAAGCGGAGAUCACUUUUGUUUAAUGAGAGAAGAAAGAGCUAUGGUCCACUCAAGGAAAUAAAUGUAUAAAAUACAUUAUUGUUAGUAGGUAGACAAAACACUGUUGACUUUUUAAGACGUUUUUACUUUUACUGAGU